AUGAUCAUUUACCCUUUAUUUAAUCAAGCCUUACUUAGCAAAUGGAAAUGGAGAGGGAUUUGUGAACCAAAUUCUAGUUGGUCCAAGUUGCUUGCUUAUAGAUAUGGCUCUUUGUAUUCAAAUUUCUUGGAUCAAGUGGUUUGCGAAGGUAGGAGACAAUCGAUUUGGUGGCAUGACUUAUUGAAGAUAGGCAGAGAAGAUAAUGGCGACUGGUUUCGAUCAAAUAUAAGUAAUGUGCUGGGACAAGGGAAUGCAAUUCGAUUUUGGAAAGACAAGUGGUAUGGACCUGAUUGUUUGCGGGAUUUAUAUCCAGCUUUAUAUUUUAAAACUUCUAUGACAAAUUGUUUUGUAGCAGACACAGGUUUUGAACAUAAUGAAAAAUGGUUUUGGAAUAUUUGUUGGGCUGAAACAUUGUCUUCAACCGAGUCAGAAGAAGCAGAAGAGUUAUUGUAUUUGUUGGCCGAUAUUAGUCCUAAGCAGGACAAAAUGGAUAGCAUGAGAUGGAUACCAGAUCAUAGCGGUAAUUUUUCUGUGAAUUCGGCAUAUCAAUUCCUUCUAAAUAGUGUUGAAUCAACUAUAGUAAAUGAGAAUGUUGUGCAUGCUUUGAAUCAGUUAUGGUUGAAUGAUGUUCCAUCAAAAGUAAAUGUUUUUGGAUGGAGGUUAUUAUUAGAAAGAUUACCGACCCGUAUGGCUUUGGUGAGGAAAGGGAUUAUUGUUAAUCAUCGUGAAUGGUGUUGCGCUUUUUGUUAUAGAGAAGAGGAAGACAUUAAUCAUUUGUUUUUUAAUUGCUCUUUCUCACUAUGUGUGUGGAAGAAUAUUUUUAGGUGGAUGAAAGUGACUUAUAUUCAUUUUGAGGAGGUUUGGAGCCACUUCAACAGUUUUGGGGCUUUGGUGAAGAAUAAUAAAAAUGCUAAAGGCCGCCAUCUAAUUUGGUUAGCAACCACGUGGAGUUUAUGGCGCGCUCGAAACAACACAAUGUUUAGAGGAGUUGUUGAUAAUGUGUCUGUCAUAGUGGAUCAGAUUAUUUUUAUUACGUGGUUUUGGUUUAUAGGUCGUAUAGGGAACAAUUCUUGUUAUAAGUUCUCUGAUUGGUGUAUUGAUCCAUUAGCCUGCCUCCAUAGUAUAUAA